AGGCUCUGGGCUGCUGCCGCGGCUGUGUGGGUUUCUUUACACUCCCUGGCAGGCUUGGGUGCCGGCUCCCUCGCCUGCCUGCCCGCCCGCCUGGGAAAGUGGGUUAGGGAGGGAAGGAGCUCAGCUCAGACACUGGCAAAGGAGCAUCCAGCCACAGACAGACCAGAGAAGAACACCUUCCUUUUGCAGCUUUCUCUUUCAUCUUUUCUAGAGGGUUUUAUAUUUGUACUCCCUCCUUUUAAAUUGUGCUCCUUUGGCUACCCGCCCCCCCCCACCCCCCGGCUUGGGUUUUAUGAGGGCUUUGUUAAGUCUUAGAGGGAAGAGAGACUGAGCCAGGGAAAGAGAGGCAAAGUGGAAAGGAGCACAAACUGGCAAAGCCCAUUCUGCCUUGGCUGUUGAUGAAAGCCCUGUGUUUGUAAAGCCCUCUCGGCGUGAGCAGCACGCACACACCCUCCAGAGUACACCCGGACCUGCACCUCGGCGUGGCCACCAUGGUCGGCAGAGUUCAGCCCGAUCGGAAACAGUUGCCGCUAGUCCUACUGAGAUUGCUCUGCCUUCUCCCCACAGGACUGCCUGUUCGCAGCGUGGAUUUUAACCGAGGCACGGACAACAUCACCGUGAGGCAGGGGGACACAGCCAUCCUCAGGUGUGUUGUAGAAGACAAGAACUCGAAGGUGGCCUGGUUGAACCGUUCUGGCAUCAUUUUUGCUGGGCAUGACAAGUGGUCUCUGGACCCUCGGGUUGAGCUGGAGAAACGCCAUUCUCUGGAAUACAGCCUCCGAAUCCAGAAGGUGGAUGUCUAUGAUGAGGGUUCCUAUACUUGCUCGGUUCAGACACAGCAUGAGCCCAAGACCUCCCAAGUUUACUUGAUCGUGCAAGUUCCACCAAAGAUCUCCAACAUCUCUUCGGAUGUCACUGUGAAUGAGGGCAGCAAUGUAACCCUGGUCUGCAUGGCCAAUGGCCGUCCUGAACCUGUGAUCACCUGGAGACACCUUACACCAACUGGGAGAGAGUUUGAAGGAGAAGAAGAAUAUCUGGAGAUCCUUGGCAUCACCAGGGAGCAGUCAGGCAAAUAUGAGUGCAAAGCUGCCAAUGAAGUCUCCUCAGCGGAUGUGAGACAAGUGAAGGUCACUGUGAACUAUCCUCCCACUAUCACAGAAUCUAAGAGCAAUGAAGCCACCACAGGGCGGAAAGCUUCACUCAAAUGUGAGGCCUCGGCAGUGCCUGCGCCUGACUUUGAGUGGUACCGGGAUGACACCAGGAUAAACAGUGCUAAUGGCCUUGAGAUUAAGAGCACGGAGGGCCAAUCCUCCCUGACAGUGACCAACGUCACUGAAGAGCACUAUGGCAACUAUACCUGCGUGGCUGCCAACAAUCUGGGGGUCACCAAUGCCAGCCUAGUCCUUUUCAAGCGUGUUUCACCCACAAUCCCUAUUCCCAUUCAAGAAAUUGGCACCACCGUGCACUUCAAGCAAAAAGGGCCUGGGUCGGUGAGAGGAAUAAAUGGAUCCAUCAGUCUGGCCGUACCACUGUGGCUGCUGGCAGCAUCUCUGCUCUGCCUUCUCAGCAAAUGUUAAUAGAAUAAAAAUUUAAAAAUAAUUUAAAAAACACACAAAAAUGCGUCACACAGGAUACAGAGAGAGAGAGACAGAGAGAGCGAGAUGGGGGGAGACUGUUUAUUUUACAACUUUGUGUGUUUAUAAAUGAAGGGGGAAAUAAGAAAACCAAGAAGAAAAUACACUUAAAACCAUUUUAAAGUCCAUCAAUAAAAACUUAACUAUAAAUCAGGGUGGGAAAAGUUCUACAAGGAUAUGUGUAUAUCGAAGCAAAUAUAUACUAUAUAAAGACUACAUCAUGCUAAGGACACCCGGAUGUUGUAAAAAUAAGACAAGUGAAGAAGUGUCAGAUGGAUAUUAACCCCCACACACACACUUUUUCCUUCCUUCAUUCUUUUUCAUCUGUGGGGAAAGAAAAAAUAAGGUCUUGCCUUUGGUGUUUAUAUUUCCAUCAUCUUUUAAUUUUGUUCUUCAUUUGAGCUGACUCAUAGCCAUUUCCGACUGUCAGUGGAAUCCGCGCUGGAAUCCUGUGUUGAGCCUUUACCUGGCUUUCCUGCCUCCACUAUCUCUGCAACUUUUAAGACCAUCUCCUCCCCCUCCAGUGUGUUCUAUCUCCCCCACAUCCAUCCCAGAGACUCCCUUUAUACCCCCCAUCCCCAUAGCUGUUGCUUCUCCUCACCCCCUACCACACCCCCCAGCACUAGUCAUGCCGCAAACUCUAGGAAGUGCCAUUUUAAUUUUCUCCACUGUGCGUGCGUGCUCAAGUCUCUCGCUCUCACGUGGGUGUACAUGUGUGUGAGCGUGUGUGUGUCUCUCUCUAAAGCAUGCCAAGGGAAUGGUCCAUGUGUACAUAGACUCAUUGUGCUGUAGAUACUGUCCCGCAUUGUAAUUGUGAGAUGCGGCUGUGACAAGUUGCUGUGGGACAUGGUGGGGAAGGAGGCAUGGAGCAGAGUCCCCCAACCUCCCCCAUGGCUGUCGCAUGACAUCAGUGUGUACCCACACCAAGCUGUGCCCCUUCUAAGGGCAGAACCUCAUAUUCCUCCUAGUCCAAUCAUCAGAACCCAGUCGAGAGUCACUCAGAAUAUCACUGUAAAUGAAAGUGCCUACUAUUGAUGGGGUGAGCAAACAGUAGAAAGAAUCAGUGACGUCAAUGAGGUGACCUAGGAGAGAAGGUUUCUGACUUCACUCUUGUUUCAUGAGUCUGAGGAAUUCAUGUAUUUCCUGGCUUUUUGCAGGCUUGGACCUGCUCUGCUGCAGGAGUGAGUAGCAUGUGUUGAGUAAAUCCCAAGAACCAGGAAGGUCUCCAAGUGUUAACUCUCAAUGAAAGGAUGAUGAGCCACAUGGAGAUCCUAAGCAGCCCUGUUGUGCCCCUUCCCUGAUCUUCAAGUAACACUGCAUUUGGCCCAUGGAUUCCCUUGAGCAGAGAUUGUUUCCUAUUUCAGAUAAAAUAUAGUGAGAGUGAGCAAAGCAGGAAAAGUAGACCAGAUGUGCAGGACCCUACUCGUUUUGUAGAGAUGUUGGCAGAGCUCUAUACAAAGCAUUGACCAUAACAAGAAGGAAUCCAUUCCUUGUGCUCCUUUGCAGAUUUUUGUCCUGGUGUUGUAAGCUAAUACUCUAUUUGGUGGCCUGCACAAUCUCCUUUUUUGCUCCACUGGUAAUGUUUGCAGCACCAUUGUUCGCAGUAGUCCAUCAUUAUCCUAGGCCAGGCCGCUGGAAUAUAUUCCACCUUCCCUGCUCACUUUUGGCUUCUGGUUCCUGAAAAAGAUACUGUGGGGGAUAUGAUGUCUAAGUUUACAUCAACAAGAGUCAUCUGAAAUGUGAGUUAGUUCCUUAAUCAAAAGAACUGGGAAACUUGUAAUAAUUUAGGUCGAAGUUGUACGCACACCACAAAGCUUGGUAUCACCGCAACACCAGGAUUUUCUUAGGAAAGGUCUUGCAGAGAGAGCUGGCUCUCUGUCUGUAGAUGUCUUUGUCAGGAAACCAACCAUUGCUUUCACUUGAACUAUAGGAGGCAUUGGAAGUAACUCAGUUUAUGAAAAGACAGAGGAUUAUUAUUGAGGUCACAAUUGAAUGUAUUUCAGAAGAGCCAAAUAUGGUACCUCCUUUAGUUUUGGAACCUGAAAAAUAGUGUCACAGAAUAUAAAACAGGAAAUUUCCUAACUGCAAAUAGAAAAAGGAAGGAAGAGAAGAAGCGAGGGAAAAAGUGGAAAAGAGGGAAGGUAGGGAGGAAGGAAGGAAGGGAGGGAGGGAGGGAAGAAGAGAAGACAGACCUAAAAUUUCUACUGAUAGAUUUCAUUAAUUGCAGUCUCUUUGCAAUGAGCCUUGUCUUUGAAGGUAAUGAUCUCUUUGAUAAGCAACAUUUUAAAUCUGUUCUAGGGGAUUCUAUUGUUUGUUUUAGAAAACUUAUUACCAGCCUUCUUUUGUGAUUGCAGUUUAGACAUGAAACUGAAGGGCAAAUUGGGCUUAGGGAUGGAUAAGAGUAUUUGUGGCAGAUCCUCGCAUAGUACAGAAAUUCUUAUCCCAGAAAGUAGCUACUAAAAUAUAGGGAAGGUGAGCCAUAUUCCUAUCCAGCAUCAGUUUAUUGACAAUCGGGGUUUCUCUAACAUUUUGGUCUUAGUACAGGAAUAAAAGUUUAUCAUCAUUGAUGAUAAAUAUUCCCCACAUAUUGAAGAGCCAGUUACAUCCUUAGGUGGAAGCUUUAGAGGAAUGCAUGCUAAUUUAAAGAUAUAUAAGAAAAGAAAAGUAGGAGGAGUUAAUUUGGUUUAGUAUCAGUUUCAGGAACAGAUCCUUGUGGCAUGUGACAUAUUUUAAUCAUACUCCUACAUUCGUAUUGUCUCCACCCUAUCAUCAUGACAAGGUCUUGAUUUUAUAGGAGAUUCUCCGCAGAAAGGAAUGUCUGCCUUGUCAGCACCAUUUGUUCCCUGAGUUUUAAUAUAAUGGACCAUAUAUUAAACAUAAUUAAACAUAUAUUGAAUAUUGUGGUGUUUGCAUAUAUCUCUGGCAGGAUCUGGGAAUUAAAAAAAAAAAAAUUUGUCCUGGCUCCUGUUUCAGAGCAAACAUUGGCCCCAGAAAUCUCCUAGGUUUGAGAAUGUCUCUAAGCAAUGUGAAGAAUGGAGGAGAACAUAAUUUGGAGAAAGGUCAGGAAAAAGGUAGCAGCCGGAGGACUGACACCAAGAAAUUGAGUCUGAACAUGGGACUUCUUGGAAUUUAGUUCAUCAUAUUGCUAUAAAUCCCUUCAAGAAUCUUGUCCAUUGGUAAUCAAAACUUGAAACCCUGCACUGAAAAGAACAAACUGGUUGGAAAUAAUACCCUGAGAGGAGUGAAAUUCAUCAAUUAAUCUGAAUGGCUAAUAUAUUUAAUGUCCUCUGUAUGCAAAACGAAACUCCACCACUCAUAAAACAAAAUCCUUAGAACCGACCUUCAGUUAACAAAAGCAGAAAUGACCUUGACCAAGGGCACUUCCUGAAGAAUGAGAACUAUCCUAGGUUUUACAACUGCAGAAUUAUAUCUUCUGUGCAAUUAACUGUUCAUCAGAAGGUGUUGCCUUGUUGGAGGAACAAUCUUACUUGUUUUGAGACAUAAUAUCCCUCUGCCCUGAAAGAACUAAGGCUUAGGGAAAAAUUGUGUUUUCUGUUGGGGAAGAAUGGUCCUAUUGACCUUUGCCUUCUCUUCCAAGUCAGACAGACUUCUCCCUUGCCAUGGGCAUUUUUUUACUACAUAUUCAGUCAACUGGGGCUAUUCAUAGAGACCUUGUAAAAGUACUCGUGAUUUUCAUGUUCUUGGAGACAGAAACACAAAUCUGUUUCUCCUCCAAAAAUGGACUUACCUCCUUUGCACACAAAAACUAAACUCCUCAGCAUGAAAUUAUUUCUGAGUUAUUACCUACCAAGUUGUUAGCUUCUUAACUACUCCAGAGUCACAGUUUCCAUCCCCAGGUUGGUUGUGGUUUGACUGUUUCUAUUGGCUUGUCUCCCAGAAUCUCUCCUUUUGCUUUUUGCAGGCCUUGAAUUAUUUGUGGAAAAAUAAUAUAUAUGUGUAUGUAUUUUUUUUAAUCUUAUCUUUACAGAUGCUAUAUUUACAAUAUUGUAUGUAUUAUAAGACAAAUCUAGAAUAAUGGUUAAAAGGAAGAAAAAAUACUGAAUUUGGUUAAAAAAAGAGCUAUGCUUCAUUUAGAAAGAUACGGAGCCCCAUUUUUUCCACUUCGUAAUUACUUGUUUAAGAGGAAUUUUUUGUGGACCAAGUUCCAUGGGAUUAGCCAUGGCCUUAUUUUUCUCUUCAUCUUCAUUAACUUUUUAGCCUGAAUUUAGUCUUGGUUACCGGUAACUAUCAUGUUUUUUAUAGAAAUAUAAGUGCAGUGCUAUAUCUGACCUGUAAAACUAUUAAUACUUUGAAGACUAAUGUUAAACAUACCACAAAAAUGGUGAGAUUGGACCCUAAAUUAAGAAACUCAAAUUCAGUUCAGGAAGCCUUCUUCUUUCUUCCGUACUUAAAAUAUUUCUCUUCCAAAGACUACAUUUGCCCCACUGAUGUAAAUUUUCCAUCAUGUUUGGCAUAAUAUCUGUAAACAUCUCACUAAAUGCAAAAUGGAGUUUACAUUUAUGUGCAUACUAGUGGAAGAGAAGUAAACUAUUCUCAUUUGCAUGUAGCUGUGUUGUCAAAUGCGGCCAACUGAAAUUCAAGAGAGAAUUUGUUUUCACCCAGCAAUGUACAUCACUUUCCUCUUGGCAAGGAAGCUGGUGUUAACGUUAGGUUUAGGUUUAACAUUUACACCAGUGCAAAUGUUUAUGGAUAUUAUGGAAAACUUAUUUUAAAAUCUUGAUUUCCUUUCAGUGCAUUUACAUACUGUGUGCUGAUUAAUAAAUUAGGCACCAAUCAUGUGUAAAUCAAUGUAAAUCACUAGUUUAUGUACAUAAUAUAAACUAUGUAAACUUCAUUUUUCAUGCAGUGCCCAGGUUCAGCUAAUUCUAUGAAUCUUAAAGAAAAAAAAAAUCAAAUAAAAACUAAAGCAUUUCACAGAUCAGAAUGGGAAGGAGUAUGACUAAUGUCCCAAACAAGAAGGUUGCCUCAGCAAAAGCAGAACCACAGGAACUAUUAAAGGUGACAUCCUGCUCAAGUCACAAGAGGCCACCUCUUUGUUCCUGAGGGACCUAAGUGGAGUUUCUUCCAACUGUUGCCACAGUUGUCUCACCUGACCCCAAAGCAAGGGAAAUGAGAAGACAGGGAGGAAGGAGUUUUAAGGUUUCAUGUAUCUGUUGCAUCAACUCCCAGUGUCUUGUUACUUCUUACCCACCAUCUAGGAUGGCUUAUUUAAAUGGAUCCAAGAAAGUCACCUACAGCUUGGUGAGCAAAAUAUUACUCAGUUUUUAUUUUCCAUCAGACAAAGACAUUGGGAAAGCUUCCUUUUCAUCUUGAUUCUAAGAAAUUGUAGGAUAUAAGAAAUAUGCUAUAUCCUUGAGAAAAAUCUUGCCAAGUUACCUUAGGAAAUGAUUACUUUUACUUAAUCUGAUAGACCUAUAUUUCUACAUAUCUAUCCUGAAUAUUGCAAAUGAGGACAUAAUUACUUUAAUUGGGACUAUCUCUCUCAGGCACCUUCUCUUGGAGUCUUUUUGAAGAGUCUGAUGUGUUUAAAAGAGUGACAUAUAUGUAUUUUCUACAAUCUGAACAGCCACAAAGAGCCAUCAAAGAGAUGACUUUGGGAAUCACAUGAACUUUCUGCAUGGAUUGUUACAGAAAGAAAUUUAGGUCAAAUUGACAUUACACUUAAUUAAAGUACACUCCUCCACCCAAGAUAAAUGGCAACUUUAAGGUGAAGCAGAAAGUCAAGAGAACUGGAUUCUGGCUAGGGUCUGGCCACAAACAAGCUAGGUGACCUUAAGCAAGUCAUUUAACCUUCCUGAGACCUGGUUUUCUCAUACUGAAAGUAAGGAAUUUGGAUCACAUCUCUAAGACCUCUGUCAGCUCUAAACUCUGAUUCUGAAUAAGAAUUUUACACUCAUGUAGCAUGUGGCCAGCUGGUCAUUCCAAGCAGCUGUUUGUCACCUUCAGUUUGGCCUCUGUACCACCUUCGUUUCUCGGUACCAUCAUUCCGUCAUCUCCAUUUCAAAAGCCAAAACGUCUAGAAUACAGGGUCCCUGGACUGGUUCUAAAAUUCUCUUCUGAUCAAAACUUCUUAGCAAUGUAGAGAAGGGACACAUUCAGAUGAUACUGAAGGCAUUGAAAUAGCUGGAGUUGUUUCCUUAUAAUAAAAAAUCCAACUAUUGCACUGUAUUCUAAUAAUUUUUCAUAGAAAGGAAAGUAGCCAGAUUGAGUAUUAUGCAUGCUGUGCAUAUGAAAGGAAACAUCAGGGUUUUUUUUUUGUUUUCGUUUUUGUUUUCCUCAUCCUGGGCCAAGGGCCUCAUUUCAGUAAAUGUGUGUCCUUGAAAACUCUGCUUGAGCUGAUGGCAGUAGGCUUGUGGCCCCAGGCAGGUUCAAAAGGCUGUUCUGUGAGAAAAAGGCAAGACAAUACAUUUUGUUUUGUAAGGAAUUUCUCAUGGCAUGAGUUUCCCUAAACUUGACUUAGAGGCUGUGAAGUCAAGCAAAUGAACAGAGAGAAAACAAGCCUCAUUUUCAAAAAAGUACAGGUCGAUAUCAUUUAAAGAAGACAAGUUAAAAAUAGGACAAAAAGAAACACAUUUCAGGAGGUGACAGAGUCGAAUACAGUUAAGAGUUGUUGUGAAGGCCAAGAUCAAAUGUGGAAGUUCAGUUCUCUGAGAAGAGGGGACACAGAAAUGAUGCUUCUCAGGCAGUUAAUGAGGAAUUACUUUCUUGUGCCAUGUUCUGAAGGGAUUGAGCACAGGCCCACUUGUUUUAACCUAUCAAAGUGUAGCCCCACACUAUCCUGGAGGCUCAAAUUAUCUUUUCAUUCAUUGCCUAAGAGAACAGAAACAAUCUGAGUCUCCUGUGUACUGUAGAGCAGGGAUUAUCCAUAACUUCCCAGCAUUAGUAUCACUUGACGUAGAUAAGGAUGCGGGAUGUGCUUAGAGCACUUACCAAUCUCUCUUUAAGUGGGAGAAUGACCUGCCCAUAGGACAACUCCCCAUUUUCGUGGUUAUUUCAGAGGUGUCUCUUUGAGGGGUGCUCCUGGAUCUAUUCCUACAGUUACAUUUUCCUCUGCACAAGCCUUCUCUAUGUAAAGCCAGGCACAGAGUAAACAUCUGCUUCUUGCAAAUGAAGAAAAAACAUGGAGCUACUAGCUUCGUGGAAUGUGGCAGUAAUUCUAAGAUAUCUGUGGCCUUUUCUGGACCCACUUCCCUAAGUCUUUGCUCUUCACCAGAGAAUGUAAAUGGUUCAUUCUGGUGAUUAUGGCCAAGUCCUGCUCCCUAAGUGUUCACUGGGUUUGAGGGAAGGUUAAAGGGAAAAAGAUGCAGGGGGAGAGAAGCACGGGACAAAACCUCCGCCUUCUUUCCCCCAACCUUGCCUCACCCCUUCCUUAUCACUGCUCUACUGAAGGGUGUAUAAAUCCUGCUCUUGGUUAGAAUUCUCCUUAUUAACAGUGUUAUAUACAUAUAAAUAUAUAUAUAUAUAUAUUCCUUUUUUUCAGCCCUGUAGACAUAAACAAAACUUUUCCUUGAUACAAACACAUGGCCAUUUUUUAUUUGUUUUUUUUUUUGUUGUUGUUGUUGUUGUUCAAAGUUUAUUGGAUGGAUUUUUUUCCCUGAAUACUAGCUCUGUGAAGGAAAAUAAAAAGCGCAAUGUGUGUUAAAAAAAAAAA